AUCGAGUCGAGCUGACCGUAAAGGGACAAGAAGGUGCCGGAGAAUCAUGCAGCUGGAAAUCAGUAUGAGGUGUUUGAUCUUCGCGACGACAUUGACCGUUGCCUUUGCCACAUUCGGACAUGAACACGUUCACAUCAGAAUCCACGUACCGGAGAUAAUUCAACAUCAGGAAAAGAAAGUCAUAAAAUAUGAAGAUCAUGGAGGACACGAUCAUGGGGGGGGCGGAGGUGGAGGUGGUGGAGAUCAUACCAUAAUAGUUACUUCACCUGGAGCAAGCCAUGGAGGUGGACACGGAGGAGGUGGAUUUGGAGGUGGUUUCGGAGGAGGAGGUCAUGGAGGAGGUGGGUUCGGCGGUGGUUAUGGUGGAGGUGGCCACGGUGGUGGCAGUUUUGGCGGACAUAUCAGCUUUGGAGGAGGCGGUCAUGGGGGUGGCGGAGGAUUUGGAGGCGGCCAUGGUGAUGUCAUCAUAUCUGGAUCUGGAGGAGGCCACGGUGGUGGAUUCGACGAUCACCACGGUGGCGGAGGAUUUGGUGGAGGAGGUGGCUACGGUGGUAGUGGUGCAACGAUUAUUGAACACCAUGGUGGUGGAGGAUUUGGAGGAGGAGGAGGAGGAGGUCAUGGAGGCGGCGGUGGUGGAGCUGUCAUUGAACACCAUGGUGGUGGAGGAUUUGGAGGAGGUGCAGGUUAUGGAGGCGGCGGUGGUGGAGCUAUCAUCGAACAUCAUGGUGGUGGAGGAUUUGGAGCAGGUGGAGGUCAUGGAGGCGGCGGUGGUAUAGCUAUCAUUGAACACCACGGUGGUGGAGGAUUUGGAGGAGGUGGAGGUUAUGGUGGCGGCGGUGGUGGAGCUAUCAUCGAACACCAUGGUGGUGGAGGAUUUGGAGGAGGUGGUGGUGGUUUCGACGACCACCACGGUGGUGGAGGAGGAGGAGGAGGCGGUGGAUUCGGAGGAGGCGGUGGACUCGAUGACCACCACGGUGGAGGAGGAUUCGGAGGCGGAGGUGGUUAUGGAAGUAGUGGCGGUGGAUUUGAUGCACAUCAUGGAGGAGGAGGAGGUGGAGGAGGUGGUGGUGGAUUUGACGAUCAUCAUGGUGGCGGAGGGUUUGGAGGAGGAGGUGGAUUUGGUGGUGGCCAUGGAGGUGGCUAUGGAAGCAGUGGUGGUGGAGGAUUUAGUGGUAUCGAACACCAUGUCAUCAGUAAUAGCAUAUCUUCUGGCUUCGGUAGCAGUGGCCAUGGAGGUGGCGGCUAUGGUGGCGGUGGCGGCUAUGGUGGCGGUGGCGGUCACGGCGGUGGCUUCUCGGGAUACCACAAAAAGAAAUAAGUGCGAUCUUCGGACCAAUGUCGUGUUUCCGAUCGGUUAGUUUGACCGACUUCCGAGUUCGUAGCGGCCAAGUGGUCCCCCAGUCGCGCUCUCGUCACGCGAUCGUUACCAUCACGUGAUCCUCUAUCGCGAUCCAUCACAGCACUGCCAGUACACAUAACAGAACGCCAAUUCAGAACGAUCGUCCCGA